AUGGAGGACAACACUCUCGUCGGAUUCAAGGAACGUAUGAUGUCGGGGGUUCAGGGCACAUAUCCACAAGAAGAGAUCGACGCAGUUUUCGGGGGGCGACAACACGAAGAGCAUCGUGCCAUAUACGUUGCUGGGUUUACUUUCGCGUGUGAUUGUAAGGACUUCCUUAGGUGGGCUCGUUCGUUCGGUGGCGCCCAGAUCGAAAGAACAGUCACUAUCGUUGAUACGGAAUCCCAAUGCACGUUCCGUUGGCUUGUCAUGCCUACCGCGGAGGACGCAGCGACGGUUCUGGGUCGAAUCCAUGAGAUGGAAGUUACCAUGUGGCAGCCCCACCGAGAUGGUACAGAGGACGUACUCAAGUUUUCCCUGCGGGUUUGUUACUCUGCGAUCGAUCUAUUCGUUUACAAUCCACUAUCAAGCGCAUGUUAUCAGCCAGAGGGCUCGUUAUCGGCCCAUCAAAGUGUUUCAACGGUUCAUGGGCACCCAUCCCCUCCAGAAAAUCUCUCACUCCAGGGGCUCUCACUUCAGGAUCCAGCACCAAUAACCGAGGCCAUUAGUUCUAUAUCCCCAGUCAUCAAGCAAGAGCGUAUGGCGAACUCACCUGGUGACACUCCUGGGCAAUCGUCCUAUACACCAGCUUCUUCUUGGGCAAGCAUCGCCCUCACCGCCAACCCAGACUCCGAGAUCAUCAAUCUACACCCACCAGCCAGAGCUUUCACCGGUCCUCGAGUCAAGCCUGCUGGUCGCUUCACUAGUACACCAAGUGUCAUCAGUGAUGAGCCCAUGGUCGACCAGGCACGCGUUGUAUUCCUGCUGGAUAUGCCGAGACACCUAACACUUCAAGAAGUGUCCGACGCCGUUAUCGAAGGGCCGUUGAGAAGCAUCACAUUUAGUACUGAUGAGAGUAACGGAAAGCCUUACGCUGGUAUCAUCUUUCAAUACGCUCAGGAUUCCGAGUCCUUUUACCAAGUUCUGUGCAAAGAGCGAGCCGACAGUCGCCCGGGUCGAUUCAAGUUCGUCGUCGAUGCCAUCCGAGGGGAUCCUUUCCCAAUGGAUGCUAAUAUCAAAGCAAUGGGCUCUCCGACAUACGCUACUCGUCGCCUUACUAUGGUCAAGUCCAGAUUCUUCUUCAUGGUCAACGAGAGGUCGUUGAGGCAGUUCUGCGAGAAGUACGCGGGGGUUGGACCGGAUAUGAUCCAACUGGUUUGGAUAUACAAUGGUGGCAAUGCAACCAUUGUAUUUGCAGAUGUGGGCGAGGCCAUCAAGGUUAAAAGCAAGCUUGAUGAUUACAGCAUGGGUAUUGGGGUGUCUGAUAGGCAAGCUGAGGCAACAUGGGCCGGUCUCCAGACGACAUUCUCAAAAGAUCCCUGUGUUUCACCGCUUGAGCUCAAGACAGCAAUGACUUAG